AGCACACUGCAAGUCGUUUUCACUUUUCUGCCAUCCAUUUCUCAAUCCAAAAACCCUCUGAUUUUCGAAAAACCCUAAAUCAAGUUUGAUAAUGGCUUUUAGAGGGAAGGAGAUGAUGAAGAAAAUAAUGUCUAAAAUAGGAGGAGAGAAGAACUUGGCUCCUGGCGUUAAAGAAGCUCUCAAAAAAGCAAUUCCUAAUAGCAAAGUUGUCAUGAAUCGAGCCAAACGUGGCCUUUUUGCUGGCCGUCAUAUCCAGUUCGGUAAUCAAAUUAGUGAAGAUGGAGGUAACAAGAGUAGGAGAAGUUGGAAGCCAAAUGUUCAGGAUAAGAGACUGUUUAGUUACAUCCUAGACCGCCAUGUUCGAGUCAAAGUCACCACUCAUGCUAUCCGAUGCAUAGACAAGGCAGGAGGGAUUGAUGAGUACCUGCUCAAGACUCCUUAUCACAAAAUGGACACAGAAAUGGGCAUCUUGUGGAAAGCCAAGAUUGAGAAGCUAUAUGAAGAGCUUGGGAACAUGGAGGUGGUUUUCUUUACACCUGAAGCUGAAGCCGAUUUGGAUCAGGACUUCAAAGAUAUGAGGCUAGAGCAGCGGGAGGCUCGCAAGCAAUUAAGAAGGCAGAUAUAUGGUUGGUCAGACAAACAGAAGCAGAUUGAAGAACAACAGAAAGAAGAUCUGGACAAACAGAAGCAGAUUGAAGAACAACAGGAAGAUCUGAACCCUAACAGUUGGGGAGGAAAUUCACAUGAUAUUUUCAACAAUCGGGGAUCUAGUUAUUAUUAAUCUGGGUAGCUGUUCACAUUUUUUGUUAUCUACUUUUGUUCCUUUAUUAUGUUAUAUUGUUAGACUCAAUUGGUUGCUGGCCUAAAGGCCAAAAAACUUUUGUAUGCUUUAGUCUGAUAACAGAAGAAAUUUCUCUGCAA